CGCGGCUGGCCGGCGCGGCGCCAUGUUGCUGCCUCUGGGUGGAGUCCGCCGGCCGAUCUCCCGCUGUGCCUCAGGCGCCCUGAGCGGCCGUUAGCGCCCGUCCGACUCCGGUUAUUUUUCUAAAAAGACAUGUGAAGUACAUUAUAAAGAAUAACACAUCUGCAGCUAUACUAAAAGCUAUAAUUCCAUCAAAAGAGACAAUGGAUUCUUUGUUUCCAUCACCAAAAUUUUUAGACAUGGAUCUGAAAAUAACUCACAUUCAGUGCCACCCAAAGGAAGUGCUCGUGACAUUUCAGGGCAAAUAUAAGGCCGAAUGUGACUUCGAUUACCACAUAUUGCAAAAGGAAAUACAACAUGUAUCCAAAGUAAAGGAAAGCAUUGGUAUUGGCGAGUUUUGUUUGGUGGAGGACACAAAUGGAGAAUGGCAUAGAGGAAGAGUUCUGGAAAAGAAAGAAGAAAUCUGUAAAGUGUUUCUCAUAGACAUUGGAGAAGUGCUAAAAGUUAAUGAAAUGCAUGUUGCUUCUGCUUGUGGUGAAUUGUUCCAGCUGCCUCCAAAAGUAGUGUGUGGUGUAUUUGCGAACAUACUUCCAUUUGGAGAAAAUUGGGGUCCAAAAGCUAUAAAUUAUUUUUCUUCUCUAAUAGGAUUACAGAUUAAAGGUCACGUUCAAGCAAUUUUACCAUGCCAGUUGUUUCUCCUUGAAGUACCAAAAGUCACUAGUGAUGUUCUAGAACUGCAGUUAGGAAAACUUGUUGAUAGAGAUUCAUUUCAUCUUAUUGUAGAAAUGUUAAAAGAAUUACCCCAACAGCUCCUUUGCAAACAAAUGCCAGAUUUGCUGCAACAGAAAUACACAAAGCCAGAUAUAUCCUCUUUCAGCAAUGCUGAAAAUCUACCAAUUCAGACAAUUCUGGAUAGAUUCCUGCCUUCUUUAUCUAUUGGCAGUAUAGAGAAGUUAAAAAUUACUGUUGCAAUCAGUCCAAGCAAAUUUUAUUGUCAGAUACUAAAAUGGCAGAAAAGGCUAGAAGACAUGACCACAGCAAUGACUUUGCAUUAUGAAGCUCUCAGUAGGGAAAAUAUUCCAUCUUGUGAUAGUUUUGGAACUCUCUGUGCUGCAAAAAGACAAAAAGGACAGUGGCACCGGGGAGUGAUACAGCAGCUCCUCUCUGAUGGCCAAGUAAAGGUCUGGUUCAUGGAUUUUGGCAACAGUGAAGCUGUUCCUUCCAAUCAUGUUCUGAAACUUCAUCCCAAAUUCACUUCCUUACCUAUGAUUUCAUUUCAGUGUGCGCUGUCAUGUUUCAAUGAUCAGAGUGAAGCUGUAAGAAAUUCUCAGCUGAAAGAAUUUAAAUGGGCCUUGCUAGGGCAGAGUGCUGUGUAUGCCAGCAUUGAUUUAUUCAAUGCCAAUGAAUGUUUGUAUUAUGUUACAUUACAUACUCAAGAAUCUGAUGUUAAUGCUAAAUAUCCACAACAGAUGAAUGAGGUAGCUGAAGCAGGUUUCCUAGUUUCUAAAACAACUGUCACUAAUACACUUGGAAACAUCAAAGCUUAUGAAGAGAUCUGUGUUUCAGUUGAGAGCUUUAUUGGGAACACAGAACAAGUAGGAAACUGCUUAAUUGAAAAGGACCCUUUAUCAAUAUCUUGCAAAACAGUAGAAAUGAAAAUAGAUUCUGUUAAUGUUGGUUUUGUUGAGUACGUGUUGAAUCCAUCAAACUUUUGGAUUCAAACUGAUGACUAUAACAGUGAGUUUCAAGCCUUGAUGAAAAAUAUUGCAGAGGUUUAUAACAGAUAUGGAAUUUAUGAUAAGAUUGUGGAAAGGGCACUUAUCACUGAGGUUGGAGAUGUAAACAUUAACGUUUAUUUUUUGGAUUUUGGAAAUACAGAUACCAUACCCUUUCAUGAUGUGAAAAUUUUGCUUCCAGAGUUCUGUAAAUUACCAGCACUUGCCAUGCAUUGUUCACUUGCUCAUGCAUUUCCCAUUGAGGAUAUAUGGGUUAAAAAAGAAACGGAUUUCUUUAAAAAAGUUGUAUUUGACAAAUCACUCUUGUUUUAUGUCAUUGCAAAGCAAAAUGGUAAGUACAUUGUUAAUGCACAGUUUCUGAAUGGCUUGGAACAAAUAGAUGUUGUCACACUUAUGGUUCAAGCUGGAUAUGCUGAGUAUUGGGAAGUGAAACCAGAUUCUCUUUUGAAUUUUGUGAAAAAUUCCAAAGGCCUAAAUUCAAAAAAGAAAAUUAAAAAAUAUAUAAACACACCAGGUGCAUUAAUUAUACCUAAAAGUAAAGUAUCAGCAGUGAGAAAUAUCUAUCAAAACAAACAGUUAUUAAACUCUUUUUCUGUGGGAAGAGAGUCUCUUGAAUCUUUGCCAAGUUGGGAAAGUACUCUUUCCAAAAAGCACCGUGUAAUAUCUGGGAAAAGUGACCCUAUUAGCUCUUACAAAGAGUUGUCAUUUAAACCAGGAACAGUUCUUGAUGUCAAAUGUUCUCAUAUUAUUUCUCCAUCUUAUUUUUUAUGUCAGUUGCAAAGCAAAUUACCAGAACUAAUGAAUUUAAUGGAGCAAAUUCAGAGUUAUUAUGAAGUGCAUAACAAUCCUUAUAAAACUGGACAGAUUGCCUGUGUUGCAAAACACUCCAAGGAUGGGAAGUGGUACAGAGCGACUGUUCUGAAACAAGUAUCCAAAAAUGAAGCUGAUGUGAUAUUUGUAGACUAUGGUAAUCAGGAAAGAGUUCUACUUAAGGAUCUUCAAGCUAUUCUUCCAGACUUUCUAGCUUUGGAAAGUCAAGCAUUUAGAUGUAGUCUUAAGGUCAUAAAUGAAUCCUCACAGAUUUACCCAUUCAUUUGGACUAAAGAGACAUGUAGGGAUUUUGAAAACUUCAUUUCUGCUUGCAGAGGGCUAUUUACUUGUGUCAUUUAUGCUCUAAUUCUCAUAAGACCUAACUGCUUGUAUAACUUGGUUGAUUUACAGACUCCAUUUAUUGAUGCACAGCAGUUUCUCAUGGACCAUGGCCAGUCCCAACUUAAUAGAUUCACAGAAGUACUUAAACCAUCAGUUUUUCUGUAUAGUUUUUGCUACUCCUCUUUUAAUAUAAAAAUUGGAAGUGAAGAGGAAGUAUAUAUAACACAUGUAUACAGCCCAGCAAAAUUUUAUUGCCAGCUUAAUCGUAACACUGAAAUUAUAGAGAAAUUGAUGAAUAAGAUUGCAGAGAUUAGUAGCAUUCUAAACAGUUCAGAAUAUGACCCAAGCAAAAUACGAUUAUGCAUAGCCAAAUAUUUUGAAGAUGGUCUCUUUUACAGAGCUUUGGCAUCUUCCAUGGGAUCAUCGUCUUAUGUACUAGCCUACUUUGUGGACUUUGGGAAUAAACAGAUGAUAGAGAGAGACAAACUGAUGCCUAUUCCCAAUCAUGCCACAGAUUUGCUAUUAACACCCAUGCAAGCCAUUAAAUGUUAUCUGUCAGAUCUUAGAGAAAGAGAAAUUCCAGCUGAGGUCAAUAAAUGGUUUGAGAAGAAUUUCCUGGGUAAACCACUGAAGGCAGUAGUAGUAUCCAGAGAGUCAGAUGCUCAGAUUGGUGUGGAGCUGUAUGAUGGACAUAUCCAGAUAAAUCAGAAAAUUCUACAAUUAUUGUCUGAAAAUGGGAAAAAGUACACAGAAGAAUUGCGGAAUAUGAAAAGUUGUACAGAACAGUCUGUUGAAAACAGUAAGGUGCACAAAGCAAAGCCUUAUAAAGGUAAUAAAACAAAAGUUAAAAAUAUUGAGAGAAUUGCCUUGAAAUCUAAAAUAACUCAAGUACAUGAUAUAUCUUCUCAAACUUAUUUUCAAGAGGAUUUUGAGAAUAAAGAACAACCUGUGUUUUUUUCAGAAAAAUUGUAUAAUAUCCCCUUUAAACCACUGAUAUUCCAUGGGAAUAAAGAGCUAGUUUAUAAAAAUGUGAAUGUAUCUUCAGAACACACCAAGAAAAACGCAGAUGGAAAACUUACUCCUGAAUCCCUACUUUGCCCUGUGUUCAAUUUGCAGGAAAUCCCUGAAGACAUGACUGAAUAUUGCACCAACAAACUAGGCCAACAAGAAGGUAGAUUAAAUAGACCCAAAUACAUCAAUCUUCCUCCACAUAAUAUUGAGCUGAAUUCUGAGUUAGCAGGGUACAUUUCUAAUAUAAAUAACCCCUGUAGUUUCUAUAUUCAACUUGCAGAGGAUGAAAACAUAGUCAUUCAACUUGAAGAAGAACUAAAUGCUGGAAAAAUAAAUGUAGACCAUCAAAAUGACCCGAGUGAACUUGUGGCAGGGAAUCUUGUUUUAGCAGAAUAUGCAGUUGAUAGUUUCUUAUACAGAGCAGUUAUUAAAACUGUUACAUCAGGAAACUCCUAUGAGGUAGAGUUCAUUGACUAUGGUAACACAGCAGUUGUGAGUUCCUCAAAAAUUUAUAAAAUUAAAGGAAAGUUCUUAACUUUGCCUAGGCUCAGUAUCCAUUGUUUCCUUAGUAGAGUAAAAAGCACUCAUCCUGAUGGAAGCUGGAAUAGCAAUGAUAUGUUCUACUUUUCCAGAAAAGUAAAUAAUAAACAAAUCACUUGUGUGUUUUUGCAACAACAUGAACAACAGUGGGAGGUAGAUCUAAUUUGUGAUGGAAAGUCUAUGGUUAAUGAGUUAAUGAAGAGACAUGCCAGCUUAGGUUUACAAAACAUUCCAAUGCUAAAUAUGGAAACUAAAACAGAACAAGAACUUCCAGUCACAAAUGCAGAUCCUGAACAUAAAGAACUAACAAAGACAUCUAGAGCUCGGAAUAAAUACAAGGCUGUUGAAACUAAAAACACUUCUGAAAUUCUCUCUAAAAUCCCUAACCAAGAUCUGAAUCCUGGACAACUAGAAAGAGCAGAAAUUAUUCAGAUUUCAAAAUGUGGAAAUUUCUACAUAAAAUUAAUGAAAAAUGUGCAAGUAUUUUCAGAUUUAAAUGUAAUGGUUGCCAAAGAAGCAAAAAGAAACUCUUUGAUUGCAGUAGAAAAUAUUCAAGAAGGAUUGGAAUGCUUGACAAAAUCUAAAAGAACCUUGAAGUGGUACAGAUCAGAAGUGAAGCAACUUGUUAGUGACAAGAAAAUGUUAGUUUUCUUCAUGGAUCGUGGUAGAUGUGAAGUGGUAUCCUUGCACAAAACAAAAAUGCUCAGUAAUGAAAUCAGGAGCAUUCCUAAACAAGCUAUAUCAUGUAAAUGGAUUUCGAUUGAAAAUUCAGGUGAUAUGUCCUAUGACUGUGUGGUAAAUGCAAUUGCACAUCGUGAAGUAAAGUUCCGAUUUCUGAGAUACUUGCAAUCUUCUUGUAUCUGGGAAGUGGAUAUCUUAGUAGAUGGGAUUUUGCUUUUGGAAUAUUUGAAUCAGAUCUGUGGGCAAAGCAAGAUCAACAAAAUUAAUUGUUCAGAAAGUGCAAUUAAUGUGUGUUCCAAGACAUCUAUACUGUCUUUUAGAAUAAAUUCAGUUACAUGGGCACUUCUCCAAAGUGGUAAUCAAUACCCUGGAUUUGCAACUACAGUUACUGAUCCUUCACAUUUCUGCAUUCAAUUAGAAGACUUACUUGACACUAUGAAAACCUUAUUUGUGCUACUUUCUGACCUUCCUGAAAAUUUGCCUAGUUUGCCAUGGGAUCUUGUGACUCCUGGUACAAGUUGUUUAGUCAAGUUUGGGUUGGAAGCACAGUGGAACAGGGUAGAAGUUUCUGAAGUUUCAGAUCAGUCUGUUGUUCUUAUGUUUAUUGAUUAUGGCUUUCUUGCUUAUAUUCCCUACUCAGAUAUUGAUAAACUGAAAGUUGUUCCUGAAGAACUUACUUGUUUACCUCGAUUAUCUUACUCUUGCUCCUUAUCUGGUGUGAUUCCUGCUAAAGGAAAACACUGGAGUGAUGAAGCUAAACUUUUGUUUCAGGAAUUUCUAAGUAAACAAGGCUUGCUUUUUCAGUUUAAGCAAUAUGGUUCUGGAAUGAAACUAGAGGUAGACAUUCUGUGUGAGCAGAAUAAUCUAGCAGAUAACUUGGUGGCAGAUGGUUAUGCUGUCUACAGUAAAAAUACAUGCUGCCUUGUUGGAAUUGACAGUACAGAACCAACUGAGCCAGGCUCACAACUUCAAGGUAAAGCUCAGACAUCAUGGCUUCUGCCAAUUUCUGAACAAAAACAUAUCUUUACUGAAAGCACUUUCUUGCUAGCUGAAAAAGAGAAUCCCCAGCAGCAAACACCAAAUCUGCAACAUGAAAAUGUUGGUGCGGUUUCAAGAAGUUGUAUCAACAAGACAUAUUUUAGAAAACAGUUCAGGAAGAAACUCAGUUCAUAUAGGAAUGAUAAAAAUACUGCAAAAGAUGAACUUGAGUGUGAUAAAAAUGUAUUUAUGCAGUUUUUGAAUAAGACAUGCAACACCAUUGUCUUAGAAAGACUUACUGAAAAUCUGCCUCCAAAAGCAAUGAUUGAGACAUGUGACUCUGCUGACAUGAACACCAGAAUGAAGGAAAUGAAGAUUAGCAAAGAGAUGGCAUCAAAAGAAUGUUACAAUAAUACGGAAGGCUUGGAUAUUGUCAUGGCAUCUGAAAUAAAUAAAGGCCACGAAAACGUCUCAUCAUAUCAACUAGAAUUUAACUUCUCUCGUUGCCAUUGGUAAACUAUUCAAAAGAGGUCAAAGAUACUUUUAAAAUGCUAAAAUCCAUGACAGUACUCAGAUUAAACUACAGUAUCCUAUUAAUCUAAAAUCAAAAUUGGAGAGUUGAAAUUCACCAUUGUUAAUAAUAUAUGUGUAGUUUAUGAAUUACCAAUUGUGUUACAUCGGAGCUGAUCUUGCAUUCACUUGUGACUGUCUUAAAAAUCAUUUUCCUCACAAAGAAACUUGUUAUCGUUCCUUUAUAUUUAUAGUUAAUUUUGAAUUAUUUUCCUUUGCUUGCAGAGUUAGAUGAGUACAUUUUGAUUUUUAUCUGUUAACUUACUAAGUGUUUUUCAGCAAGUCCUGUGUCCUUUCAUUUUGUGUACUAUUAACUUCUACUACAAUAAAAAUCGUAUGGGCCAGAUUGUAAAAAAGUUGUUCCAUAUUUUAGAAAUCUGCUAACCUCAGUAGGAUUUAUUGUAGUGUACUAUUUGGUAUGAGAGCAGAUACCCCAUGCUGGCCUUAAAUAUUCAGGACCUUAUUCAACCCUUUGGAUGUCCACAGAGUUCUUCUUUAAUAUUUUUUUCAUUCAGAAAAUAUAGGCGCACUUGUAAGCAAAGGUAACCUUGAAUUUAAUGGAAGAAAAAGCCAACUUUUAUUUAACAACAACAACAACAAAAAAGACUGAACAAGAACUGGCCACAUCUCCAGCUCAAUUUCAUUGUUAAUUAUGGUAGGCUACUGGACUAUUUUUUGAAUAUUAGAGUAUUGUUAAUGUGGCCAUCUUUUUUCAGUUUCUUUUUAUGUUAUUCUAAAGCAAUGUCAACCAAAUAUUAUGAAGAGUAACAAAAUGACAACCACUGUUAAGCAGCAGUUCUAAAUAGGUAUAUAAAUUUCAACCAAAUAUUCUAGAAAUGGAAAGUUUGUCCGUUUAUUUAAAAGCUUGCCUGUUGUCUUUAGUCAUGCCUUGAAUGUGGAAAAGUGUAAUGUAAUAUAAAUAAAUAUGGGGGAAAAGAUCUCCCUUAUGUCCAAAUCAAAGACUACAACCAUUUUAGGGUUUAUGCCAUACCGUGUCAAAGCCUGUUCCAACAGACUACUUCAUAUUGUGUGAAUAUUGGAGCACCAUGUAGAGUAAAGAUGUGGGUGUACCACACAAUUGAAAGGAAUGGGAAACAAGCUGUAUGUAGAUUGGUGACACAUUUUUCAAUGAAGUAUGUAAAUAAAAGUGAUAUUACAAAAUCCCCUGGCUCAUACACUGUUGGCUGUUUUCUGUAGGUAAUAGGGG